GGCCAUCAUACCCAACUUUCUAUCUACCUAAUUUAAUAGCCAAAACCUUUUUUCUUGUCUUCUCCAGAAUGAUGUCUAGAGCAACAGUAAGAAAACAAAUUCUGGAGAAGAACCAAAGUUAUAAAGAUAGAGAAAAAGAAAAGUCCAGCCAGAGCUUAUUGUCCAGACACCUCAAGAAAAUUUACCCAAUUGGGCUCCAUAAAAGCUGUUCAUCCUCUUUAUCCUUAUCAUCCAUAUCAUUAUCAUUGUCACAGAACUCGAACGAUUCUUCAAUUGCAGAUUCUACUUCAGCGCUGGAUCAGAAGAUAUCAUUCGCGCUUCGCCUGAUUGCACCACCUGAAAGAAGGGAAUUCUCAGUGGCGAAAAGUUUCCAACAUCAACAACAGCAGCAGCAGCAGCAACAACAACUUGUUGGUCAGGAUUCUAGUGAUGAGGAGUUGAGGAGGUGUAACUGGAUUACAAAGAACAGUGAAAAAGUUUACGUAUCAUUUCAUGAUGAACAUUGGGGAGUUCCUGUUUAUGAUGACAAUCAAUUGUUCGAGCUGCUUGCGCUGUGUGGUAUGUUGAUGGACUACAACUGGACUGAAAUUCUAAAAAGGAGAGAACUUUUCAGAGAAACGUUUGCUGGAUUCGAUCCUGGAGUCGUGGCCAAAAUGGGAGAGAAUGAGAUCACAGAUAUAGCAGCAAAUAAGGCAAUCAUGUUGGCUGAGAGCAGAGUGAGGUGCAUAGUAGACAAUGCCAAAUGCAUAGUAAAGGUCAUGAGGGAAUUCGGAUCCUUCAGUGGAUAUAUGUGGGGUUUUGUGAAUUACAAGCCAACUCUGAACAGAUACAAGUACCCAAGAAACGUUCCUCUGAGAAGUCCAAAGGCAGAGGCCAUAAGCAGAGACUUACUUAAACGAGGAUUCCGGUUUGUCGGACCGGUGAUUGUGUAUUCAUUCAUGCAAGCUGCAGGAUUGACUAUUGAUCAUCUGGUUGAUUGUUUUAGGUACAGUGAAUGUGUGAGCCUUGCAGAAAGACCAUGGAGGCAUAUCUAACAUUAAUCUCUACAAAAAUGGUGUUUUUGUAUUUUUUGACAUCAAUAUAUUUAUUCCCCUAUUUGGGAUUUGAAGCUUC